UAAUUUACUUUUUUUACAGUUAUGGCAUUUAAUGAUAUGAUAGCACUAUGGUGUGAACUUGGGGGGAAAUGUUGAAGACAAAUGGCGAAUACUCCAAACGUUGUCACUCGUAACAGAACUCGUGUCAGAUUUACCAUCGUUUGUGCCAAAGGUUUGGCAAAGAGAGAAUUUUUCCGGUUACCAGAUGUGUUUGCUAAGAUAAUUGUGGAUGGAAGUGGACAGCACUACACCACUAAAACUGUCAAGGGUACUCUUGAUCCAAAAUGGAACGACCACUUUGACUUGUUUGUAGACCAUUUAGAUUGUAUAACGAUACAGUUAUGGAACCAUCGGAAAUUGAAAAGUAAAAGCUGCAAAACUGUCCAAGAGGCAUUCUUGGGGUGUGCCCGAAUAAAGGGCCAGUACAUCUUCAGAAUGAAAGACAACGGAUGUCAGCGAUUAGCACUCAGUAAAAUCAGACAUGAAGACCCAGAAAUCAAGGGUAUUAUAGUGAUAUCAUUGUCAUCUCGAGAUUUGUUUCAUCCCCCUUCUCCUACGUUCUCUGACCCAAACGAGCUUCCGGAGGGAUGGGAGGAGAGGACUAACAGUAACGGUAGACUUUACUAUGUGAACCACGUUACACGCACAAGUACCUGGGAACGGCCUACCAGGUCAGCAUACGAGUACGCUCAGCUGGACCGAAGGCGGGUCACGGAACCUAACAUAAUAAUGCGAGACAACAACCUGGCUAACAGGAGACAACACUAUCUGAACAGGAGCUCACUUCAUCCUAACACUCAAGAGUUGUACGGACAGUUUCCUGUUAUAGUAAAAUGUGUGACUCCACGAGGGCAAGUGUAUUACCACAACAGACUGACUGGAGCCCAAUCGUUCCACGACCCACGCUUCCCCCGGCAUAUGCCAAUAUCCGAGGAGUUGGGGCCUUUGCCUCCGGGCUGGGAGCUCAGGAUGGCUCCUAAUGGGAGACCCUACUUUGUGGAUCACAACACCAAAACGACACAGUUCAAAGACCCAAGAGUGGAGCAGCUAGCUCCAAUAUCGCCAGAAAGCAGAACGUUACCAGCUACCUACGUCACAACUACUAAUAGUCAGAGCAGUACUGGAUCUCUAGGUCGGAACAGCACCAUGGGGUCCAAUGGUCUGGAGGGUAGAGGUUCUCUGAACAGUAUUGAUACCUGUUCUACCCUCUCCUCCAACCUUCCUCCUCCUUCUCCUUUAACGCCAGUCGCCCCAACCACAACCAGUCCUGGACCACCCCCUCUGACCAUAUCCCCCCUUGAACAAGCAGAGCGCAACAACAAUCCUGCCUUCCCACCGCUCAGGAUUGGCGAUGAAAACCAGCAUCCUACCGAUAAUUCGAAUUCUAUCGUGCCCAGACCGCUGAACAACACGAUACCCACCAGCGAGGAACAGAUGGCUAUGAUCCGUAAUAAGCGUGGUCUAGUAAACAAAUUGAAAAUCCUGCGCUCAGAGCUAGCUAAACUGCAAACACCUAGCGGGUACUGUCGAAUCGAGGUAACGAGGGAGGACGUGUUUGAGGAUUCCUACCGGGAAGUAAUGAACCUGCGAGUUAGGGACCUCCGCAAGCGGCUCAUGAUCAAGUUCCGAGGGGAAGAAGGACUGGACUACGGCGGUGUUGCUCGAGAGUGGCUCUACUUGCUCUCCCACGAGAUGCUGAACCCUUACUACGGACUGUUCCAAUACUCCCGGGAGGAUAUCUACACCCUGGAAGUUAACCCUAACUCUUCCAUCAACCCUGAUCAUAUAAGCUACUUCUACUUUGUUGGGAGGAUUGUUGGCAUGGCCAUUUUCCACGGUCAUUACAUAGACGCCGGGUUCACCCUACCCUUCUACAAACAGUUGCUGGGAAGGAAGUGUACUGUGGAGGAUAGAAAUGUGGAUCCUGCCUUUUAUAAGAGUAUGAAGUGGAUUCUGGAAAAUGACGUGUCCAGCAUCUUCGAGGAUCAGACAUUUACAAUCGACCACGACUCAUUUGGACGACAUUGUGAAUACGAACUAUUACCGGGAGGCAAAGAGCAACGGGUAACAGAGACUAACAAGAAGGAAUACGUGGAUCUGUACGUGGAGUGGAGACUGAAAAACGGAACUGAACAACAGACUGGAGCUUUACAAAAGGGCUUUUAUGAAGUUGUUCCUAAACAUCUGCUCUCAGCUUUUGACGAGAAAGAGUUGGAGUUGAUAGUGUGCGGACUGGGACACGUUGAUGUGGACGACUGGAGAGCAAACACCCGACUCAAGGGAUGUUCCCCUGAAUCUAACAUCGUCAAGUGGUUCUGGAGGAUUAUCGAAGAGAUGGACAACGAGAAACGAGCCAGACUCCUUCAGUUUGUAACCGGAUCUUCCAGAGUCCCAAUCUCCGGAUUCUCCGGACUAAGAGGCAGUUCUACCGUUAACUCCGGACCUAGACCCUUUACCAUUCACCUCGUUUGCAGCAUGAGCAGCGGCAGUUUACCCAAAGCCAUGACCUGCUUCAACCGACUGGAUCUCCCCGAGUACGAAUCAUUCGAGGUGAUGCGAAACAAGGUGAUAACAGCUAUCGAAGAGACCAUGGGUUUCAACGUCGAGUGAAGCCGCGUCCAGCUCAAGUCGUACAGAUAGUACGCGAUAUGAUCAAAGCCGCUAAAGCAAAACUUGACGACAAGAAACAGAUCACGU